AUGGCUUCUAACCAGUACGACGCUCAGGCUUCGACCAACUACAAGGAGGCUUUCUCUCUGUUCGACAAGCGCGGCAACGGCCGUGUCGCUCUCGACAGCCUCGGCGACCUGCUCCGCGCCUGCGGCCAGAACCCCACCAUCAACGAGAUCCGCGACCUCGAGAAGAACGUCGGAGGCGACUGUGAGUGGCCCGUCUUUCAACCCCACGAUUCCAAGAAUAUCAUCAUCGCGCGCGAUGCGGCUUCGGAUGAGAACGGGGGAAACCGCAUUCUCAACCGCCCUGGUGGCUUCCGCGACCCCGGCGAGCCCGAGGAGUACUGCCGCGGUUUCCAGGUCUUUGACAAGGACAUGACAGGCUUUAUCGGCGUCGGUCAGCUCAAGUACAUUCUCACCAACCUCGGCGAGAAGAUGUCGGACGAGGAGGUCGAUGAGCUGCUCAAGGCUGUCGACACCAGCUCUGGCCAGGUCAACUACACUGCCGUGGCGUCGACUGCACUCUUCAAGCGCCUACCCCUCCUCUCCCUCACCUUCUUUCUCUUCUUCAUCGUCACAUCUUUCAUCCUGGCGGCCCCGCGAGCAGUUCCGAGAAUCACCUCUCUCUUCGCUCAGUUGCGAUUCAAACCCGCCCAGGUUCCCUUCGUUGCCACAUCUUCCGUCGCGACAUAUCGUCCCUUGGUGACCGCCGCCAUGACGGUCCCCGACAAGUACAAGUCGCCGCCCCAGGCGCCUCCCGUGUUCACGGGCACCAAGGAGUCCAUCGUCGGCGACUCCAAGAAGAUCUGCGACCAGACUCGUACCCUUCUCGACAAGCUCGUUGCUGAGAUUCCUACCGACAAGGCUACCUUCGAGAAUGUUAUGCGUCCCAUCGCCAAGGACGAGAACGAGAGCGGACUGUCUACCAGAAUCCUUGGGUUCUACCAGUACGUCUCGGGAGAUGCUGCUCUGCGCGAGGCCUCGACCGAAGCCGACAAGAUCAUGGAUGAUUUCUCCAUCGAAGUCAACAUGAGGGAGGAUGUCUUCAAGCUGAUUGAGGCUCUCCACAACCGCAAGGACUCUGAGGGCCUGGAUGCUGAGAGCUUGCGCUUGCUCGAGAAGGACUACAAGAACUACAUCAAGAUGGGUCUGGGUCUGCCUGCUGGCCCCCAGAGAGACCGCUUCAAGGAGAUCAAGAAGCGUCUCAGUCAGAUCCAGAUCGAAUUCCAGAAGAACCUCAAUGAGGAGAAUGGCGGCAUCUGGUUCACCCCCGAGGAGCUGGAUGGUGUUCCCGAGGACGUCGUUGAGGGCCUUGAGAAGGGCACCGGCGAGAACGAGGGCAAGCUUAAGCUGUCUUUCAAGUACCCCGACCUCUUCCCUACCCUCAAGUUCGCCAAGAACCCCGAGACGAGGCGCAAGCUCUUCAUCCAGAACGAGAACAAGUGCAACCAGAACGUCCCUCUGUUCAAGGAGGCUAUCAUCCUUCGUGACGAGGCUGCUCGCAUGCUUGGAUACCCCGACCAUGCCUCCCUCCGUAUUGAGGACAAGAUGGCCAAGACUUCCAAGACCGUCACAGAUUUCCUGGGCGACCUCCGCUCUCGCCUUGCAGCUGGUGGUGCCAAGGAGGUUGAGCACCUGCUUCAACUCAAGAAGGCUGACACUGAGGCCCGCGGUGUAUCAAACGACGGCAACUACUACCUGUGGGACCACAAGUUCUACGACCGGUUGAUGAUCGAGAAGGAGUACAGUAUUGAUGAGAACAAGAUUGCCGAGUACUUCCCUAUUACCUCGACUAUUGCUGGUAUGCUCAAGAUCUUUGAGGAGCUGCUUGGCUUCGUCUUCGUCGAGCUUAAGCCCGAGGACCGUGCUGCCUUGAGCCCCACUGGCAAGGCCGAGGACAUUGCCUGGCAUGAGGAUGUCAUCAUCUUCAGCGUUUGGGAUGACGCCUCCGAGGGAGAUGGCUUCGUUGGUUACUUGUACCUUGACCUGCACCCCCGCCAGGGCAAGUACGGCCAUGCUGCCAACUUCAACCUGCAACCCGGCUACCUGCAAGCGAACGGCUCUCGCAGAUACCCUGCUACUGCCCUCGUGUGCAACUUCAGCAAGCCCACGCCCAAGAAGCCUUCUCUGCUCAAGCACGACGAAGUUGUCACGCUUUUCCACGAGCUGGGCCACGGCAUUCACGACCUUGCUGGUCGCUGCACCUACAGCCGUUUCCACGGUACUAGCACCGUUAGGGACUUUGUAGAAGCCCCCUCUCAGAUGCUGGAGAACUGGUGCUGGACUCCUAGCGUCAUCAAGUCCCUCUCCAACCACUACCAGACCGGCGAGAAGAUUCCCGAUGAUCUCAUUGAGAAGCAGAUCUCCACUAAGCAUGUCAACGCUGCCCUCUUCAACCUGCGUCAGCUCCACUUUGGUAUCUUUGACAUGACGGUUCACACCCCCAAGAGUCACGAGGAGAUCAAGAACAUGGACUUGUCGGCGAUUUACAACGAGCUUCGUGGCCAGAUUGCUGGAAUCAAGGGCCCCGAAGCUCAGGGCGAGAACAACAACUGGGGCAACGGACAGGCCUGCUUCGGUCACCUUAUCGGUGGCUACGACGCUGGCUACUACGGCUACCUGUCAUCAGAAGUCUACUCCACCGACAUGUUUUACUCGGUUUUCAGGGCUGAUCCCAUGAACGGCAAGGAGGGUCGCCGCUACAGGCACACCGUUCUGGAGAAGGGCGGUAGCCAGGAUGAGAUGUUGACCCUGGAGCAGUUCUUGGGCCGCAAGCCUAGCACUGAGGCCUUCUACAAGGAGCUGGGCAUCCCCCAGUGA